GAUGGCUGUCGUUCCCGAGAGCAGAGUCCUCACUUUCAGCGUUUUUAAACGGAGCUCUUACUCCUCGACAUAUUUACCCGAGAAUAUCUUGGUGGACAAACCUAAUGACCAGUCUUCCAGGUGGUCUUCUGAAAGCAAUUACCCUCCACAGUUUUUAAUCCUGAAAUUGGAAAGGCCGGCGAUUGUUCAGAGCAUCACCUUUGGGAAGUAUGAGAAGACUCACGUGUGCAACCUCAAGAAGUUUAAAGUGUUCGGUGGGAUGAGUGAAGAAAACAUGACGGAGCUUUUGUCCAGUGGCCUUAAGAAUGAUUACAACAAGGAGACGUUCACCUUAAAGCACAAGAUCGACGAGCAGAAGUUCCCCUGCAGAUUUGUCAAAAUAGUGCCUCUGAUGUCGUGGGGUCCCAGUUUUAACUUCAGCAUCUGGUACAUCGAGCUGCACGGCAUCGAAGACCCCGACGUGGUGCAGCCCUGCCUCAACUGGUACAGCAAGUACCGAGAACAGGAAGCCAUCCGCCUUUGCCUCAAGCACUACCGGCAGCACAACUACAUGGAGGCCUUCGAGUCGCUGCAGAAGAAGACGCGGAUCGCCCUGGAGCAUCCGAUGCUCACACACCUGCACGACGGCCUGGUGCUGCAGGGAGACUUCGACGCUUGCGAGGAGCUCAUCGACAAAGCCGUGAGAGACGGCUUGUUUAACCAGUACAUCAGCCAGCAGGAGUACAAACCCCGCUGGAGUCAGAUCAUCCCCAAGUGCAACAAAGGGCCAAGCGGCCAGGAAGUGAACCGAGAGGACGUGAACAGUGACGGUGACGACAACAGGCCCGGGAUGAGAGGAGGACAUCAAAUGGUGAUAGACGUCCAGACCGAGACCGUGUACCUGUUUGGGGGCUGGGACGGCACGCAGGACCUGGCCGACUUCUGGGCUUACAGUGUCCAGGAGAACCAGUGGUCCUGUAUCUCCAGAGACACAGAGAAAGAGAGCGGUCCCAGUGCUCGCUCGUGCCACAAGAUGUGCAUCGACUCCCAGCGACGGCAGAUCUACACGCUCGGCCGCUACCUGGACUCCAGCGUCCGGAACAGCAAGUCCCUGAAGAGCGACUUCUACCGCUACGACAUCGACGCCAACACCUGGACGCUGCUCAGCGAGGACACGUCGGCUGACGGCGGGCCCAAGCUGGUGUUCGACCACCAGAUGUGCAUGGACUCGGAGAAGCACAUGAUCUACACGUUCGGCGGGCGCAUCCUGACGUGCAACGGCAGCGUGGAGGACAGCCGCACAUCGGAGCCCCAGUUCAGCGGCCUGUACGCCUACCGCUGCCAGGCCGCCACGUGGAGCCUCCUGCGGGAGGACUCGUGCAACGCCGGGCCGGAGGACGUCCAGUCCCGCAUCGGGCACUGCAUGCUCUUCCACACCAGAAACCGCUGCCUGUACGUGUUCGGAGGUCAGAGGUCAAAGACGUACCUCAAUGAUUUCUUCAGCUACGACGUGGACGGAGACCACGUGGAGAUCAUAUCCGAUGGCACCAAGAAGGACUCUGGCAUGGUGCCGAUGACGGGCUUCACCCAGAGGGCGACCAUCGACCCCGAGCUCAACGAGAUCCACGUGCUGUCGGGCCUCAGCAAGGACAAGGACAAGAGAGAGGAGAACGUACGCAACUCCUUCUGGAUCUACGACAUCGCACGCAACAACUGGUCGUGUGUGUACAAGAACGACCAGGCAGUGAAAGAAAACCCAAGCAAGACUCUGCAGGAGGAGGAGCCGUGUCCACGCUUCGCGCACCAGCUGGUCUACGAUGAGAUGCACAAGGUGCAUUACCUAUUUGGUGGAAACCCCGGGAAGUCGUGUUCUCCCAAGAUGCGUCUGGACGACUUCUGGUCCCUCAAACUGUGUCGGCCCUCCAAGGAGUUCCUGCUGCGCCACUGCAGAUACCUCAUCAGGAAGUACAGGUUCGAGGAGAAGGCCCAGUCGGAGCCACUGAGCGCGCUCAAAUACCUGCAGAACGACCUGUCACUCACGGUGGACCACACAGACCCGGAUGAGACCAAAGAGUUCCAGCUGCUCCCCUCGGCUCUCUUCAAGUCGAGCUCUGACUUCAUCCCUCUGGGUUUCUCUGACGUGGACCAGACGUACGCUCAGCGGACGCAUCUCUUCGACACGCUCGUCAACUUCUUUCCAGACAGCAUGACUCCGCCCAAAGGCAACCUGGUCGACCUCAUCACUCUCUAGCCCCGCCCCCUCCUCUGGCCCCGCCCUCCUCUGACACCUUUCCCCACCAGAAACCGACUGAGACAGAGACCAGUUAUUUUUCUAUUGCUGAACCCGUCAGGUGGGAUUACUGACUUCCUGCGGUGGUGAGGGUCGGACAGACAGACACACACACGCACACACACACACACACACACAGACCGUUAACAGGUGUAAAACUCUUUUCACAAGAUGCUGAUGGAAGUGUGUGGAAGGCCCUCCAGACUCUAACGAUUAUCGCUUGUGUUUUCCAUCUUCACUGGAUUUACUUUUUUCCCCCAGACACGUGAUAUGCACGCAUUUGUCUUUUUUUUCAGAGAUUUUUCCUUUUAACCCACGUCGCGUGUUAAUAGCGACACGCUUGGCGUCUGUUCUGGCCAAUUCUUGCAACGGUUUACUUCACAACGUACACUUUCACUUUUGUUUCGCUUGCUUCUCUAAAACCCUGUUAAUGACCAUUUAAUAGUGGUGUAGUAACAAAAGAGGAAUGAUUCUAUGAGAUAAAGCUUAAUAUAUAUAUAAAUAUACCUUUUAUAUAUUGGUUUGGGUUGUUAAACGGGCCUUUCCCCCCCUUUAGUACUUGAUGGACUUAAUUCUAAAUGGUGUACAGAAUAUGUAAAAAUACAUAUAUGGAUUUUUUUUGGUGUGGGGGGGGCGGUGGUGUCCUGGAUCAUGUUCUUUCUUGUUCCUCUUCAUCUCUUCUAAAAGUCAGGGUCCACAUACAGCAAGUUGCUGGCUCUUCUAUUUAUUGGGAGGAAUUCAAAGCGGUCGGUGUCAGUAUUCCAGUUUGUGGGGAAAAGGUCAACGAGUCGACGUGUGUUGACAGGAAGUUCCUUAAGUCAAAGUUGGCCUGACUCGAUUUGUGAAGUUCCAGCAGAGUUAACGGGAUAGUUGUGAUGGUUUGAGGCCCUUCUCCACAGUCGGUAGAUGGAGUUUGGAGAAACGGUCGGGGGUCACAGCUGUUAUCUGACUCCUUUGACAGAACUCAGGAGUCGCUAGUCGGUUAGUUUGUUUGUGGUUGUGUGUGAGUUUUGGCUUUAAUAAAGUCACAGUAACACAAACUGACCGAUGGAGGCAGCAGGAGACCAGCAACUCCUAUCUUCUGUCAACGGAGUCUGGUGAUUGUAAAGAAGGUGUUGAUAACCGCUUCAGAAAGGUCUGAAUGCUGAAGAGGUGAAGAUAGCCACGCCCCUUUAAGCCGAACCGGCAUUCUCCACAACAACAUUUUUUUCCUCCGUUGUAGCGUCCCAAUCUAAAUGUUGGGUUACGGGUGUGUGCUGUCUGAGAAGCCGGUUAAUAGCAAGUUUUCUUCUGUGCGUGAGGACGGGAAAGGUUUACCGCGGCUGUCAGCCAAUCAUCAUUUGGGGGCGGGUCCAUGUUCAUCGGUGAUCUCCAGAGUCUCGCUCCCUCAGUUCGCUCCUCUAUCGUCUUCCAUGACUCCCAGUUGGGACGCGGACCGAGCUCGGUCCAUAACAAACCAUCUGCUGCGACUGUUGAACCUCAAUUUGUACAUAAUAUUUGUGUCUCUGAGCUUGAAGAACAUUGAAGACAAGAGACACGUCUUCUCUUUCAUGGGAAACACGACUUUGACAGCAGCGAAACAUUCGUAAACGGGGGCGUAAUUCUUAAAUUGAGACUUUUUAAGAUGACGCGUGGACUUGUAAGUCUCCUCUCUAUUGGACGGUGAUUCACCUAUAAUGCUCUUAUUUUGAAGGGACUGGAGUGAACCGGUGCUGUGCAGCAGGUUAAAGACCACAUCUCUAAAAACAAGUUCUGUACUGUAAAACUAAAGCGAGCCUAUGUAGCACGGGAGGAGUCUGUGAACUGACUGUGAUGACACUCAGUGACGCUCCUGGUCAUACCAGACCAAUCAAGACUGGAUUCUGGUGACGUUGAGUUUCAUUUGUAAGAGGGCAGAAUGUGUUCCAUUUAAAGGGGCGGUUCACCCCACAAAAUCACAAAUGCAUUGAGCACGACAGGUAAGUAGAAGAUGAUUUGAGUUCUGAUUGAUUUAGGUGUGUACUGUCCCUUUAAAUGUAGUUCCUGCCUUUCGGUAUGCUGUGAAAACCAGUCUCAUCACUUGCUCAGUCUGUUUUUUUUGUUUGUUUUUUUUUAGAGAAAAAUGAGCUUGCUGAGAUAUCUUAGCUUAGCAUAACGACUGGCCCAAGGUGAAGCAUUCAGCCUGACUCGGUCCAAAGGUCGUCUACAGAUCCCUUAGUGAGCCGUUUCUAGUCUGUAGGCGUCGAUCUUCUCACCUGAUCCUCAGUACGGAUAUCAUCUCAACUAUUUCUUUCAGGGAACACGAACACGCACACAUCGGUGGUUGGCGCUUUAAUUGUCUCUUGCUUUAGGGACACACGGUGGUUAAAAACCGUCACAGUUUGUUCACUGUGACCUUUGAGGUCGUGCUCUCAGCGACACUGGACUAGAGUCGUGAUUUCAGGCUCAAACCUCACAUAAUUCACCGGUGGAGGAAAGUAAAACCCUGGUACGGUUCACCGCCAGUAUUUGUUUGUUUUGGCGGAGGACGAUGGCGACGCUCUGAAGCGUCUGUUCACGGAACAUUUUUAUAAAAACAAAACACCGCAGCAACAACAAAAAAAGCGUAUAUCUGUUGAAACGAUAAAGCGAUGCGAGGGAUUCAUUAUUUAUAUUUUGACUGCAUUUCGGGCUCAUCACGCUUGCCGUAGCAAUUGUUUUCAUUGUGUUUAACAAAACUAAUUAAAGCACCUUUUGUAAAAAAUUAUAAUAAUAAAUAACAAAGUGUAUAUAAACACAAUGCCAAAUACUACUUUUUCCCCCUUUUUUUGCUAUUUUAGGGUAAAUGCCAUCCGCACAACCAUGUUGGAUGAAUGGUAUUUUCAUUUUCUCUUGACCUCUUGACCUCUGGGUUGGCCUCAGGGGUUUUAAGUUACUCUCAGAUUGGUGAGCACUACUGUGGCUACAGUGAAUGUGUAGAGCGCCCUGCAGUGUUGCAUUGUAUGUAAUGUAUAUAAUGAAUAAAGAUUGUAUUUUGUUCAGGUUUUCAUAACUC